AAAUGUAAAACAGAUAUUUUUCCAUUAGUAUGCCUUACAACGUAUUCUUGCAAAAUAAAAAUCAUAGAUUUAGCACAAAUAAGUCUGAUUCUUAUGAGUUUCAUGCCUAUUAUCCAUAGUGACUCUACUAAAACAUGAGCACGACUGCAAGACAAUUGCUCGUAGUGUGAAGUGUAUCACUUUAGUGAAGUGUCUCCUUUUAGCAAGAUAUACAUAGCCCAGUUUGGGGAUUUCAAGCAGAACUUCGGUUACGUCAAUGUCCGAGAAGGAGCUCAUAUGUUUUACUGGUUGUUUUACACGACGGCUAAUGUGCCCGAGUACACAGACAGACCUCUAGUGGUAUGGCUUCAGGGUGGUCCUGGAGGCUCGUCCACUGGGAUCGGAAACUUUGAAAUACUCGGACCACUAGAUCUGUCACUCCAAGAGAGAAACUACACUUGGGUGAAAAAUUUCAAUGUCCUAUUCGUAGACAAUCCUGUAGGCACUGGCUAUAGCUAUACUGAAGAUGCUAAAUAUUUAACAAAAACUAACGACGAAAUAGCUUUAGAUUUUGUAGAGCUUAUGAAAGGCUUCUAUCAAGAUAACCCGACGUUUGAAGGUGUUCCGCUUUACAUUUAUGGUCAGUCGUAUGGGGGGAAAAUGGCUGUUGACAUGGCAAUCAGGAUGAAAGAGGCAGAAAAAAAUGGUUCAAUCAAGUCAAAUUUAAAAGGAAUUGCUAUGGGCAAUGCUUGGAUACACCCGGUAGACGCCACCCUUACCUGGGGACCCCUGCUUCUAGCGGCCGGUCUGGUGGACCAAGAGGGCUAUGAAGAUAUACAGGCCGCAGCGCGAGAAGCUGAAAGGCUGUUUGAUGAAGGACAUUUCUGGAACUCCACCAUGCAGUGGGCUGCAACACAACGGGCGGUGUUCAGGAGAACGACGAAUGUCGAUUUUUACAAUAUAUUAACUAAAAUGACUGUCAACUUACCGGAUAAUUUCAAUGCUUAUGAACUGGCAAGGGAUGCAAUGAUCAGAGACAUGCCGUAUAGAUCAACUAGAGCAGAACUGGAUCUUAAUACUCUGAUGAAUACAAAGGUGAAAGAAGCUCUAGACAUCCCUGACCAUGUCACUUGGGGAUCACAAAGAGAUGAUGUAUUUGACACUCUUAGGACGGACUUUAUGAAACCUGUUACUGAAGGAAUUGAAAAACUAUUGAAUGAAACGGAUUUGAUCUUAACAAAAUACAACGGCAACCUUGACCUCAUUUGUGAUACUCCUGGCCAACUUCUGUGGGUGGAUCGUCUGAACUGGGUACGCGCGGAGGAAUUCAGGAACGCGCCCCGUCUACCCAUCUGGGAAAAUAACCGAUUGGAGGGGUACUACAAGUCCGGUGGAAACUUCCGGUUUUUCUGGAUAAAUGUAGCUGGACAUAGUGUUCCUCGAGACAAUCCCGCGGGUACCAGCGCCUUCCUACGUGAUAUGACUUCAUUUGGAUAAAUAUUAAAGAAUCUUCAUAAGUACAA